AUGGAAAGGCGUGAGACGCUUCGCCGUCGCAAUGUGGGCACCAAGACUGUUCAAAAGCCCUCGUCCAACUAUGGUCGUGAAUUGCAUACCAUUAUGCUGGUUACAUGCUAUUCUGAAGAUGAACAGGGUCUACGCACAACCUUUAAUUCUCUUGCCAUGACCGACUAUUCUGAAGAUCACAAGGUGCUUUUUAUUAUUGCCGAUGGUAUGAUCAAGGGUUCUGGCAACACACAAACUACUCCAGAAUUAAUUUUGAGUAUGUUGGAACUGGAUCCUAACUGGGAAGACCCAGAAGGACUAUCAUACCUGGCGAUUGGAGAAGGAUCCAAAGAACAUAAUAGAGCCAAAGUCUACGUUGGGUGGUACAGUUAUCAAGAUCGUGUUGUUCCUACUAUUUUGAUUGUUAAAUGUGGAACUGAGGAAGAGUCCAAACUGCCUAAACCUGGAAAUCGUGGCAAGCGUGACUCGCAAAUGAUUUUGAUGCGCUUCUUGCAAAAAGUGACCUUGGACGAGUCCAUGACUCCAUUAGAAUAUGAUUUGUUUUUAAAACUGCAUUAUCUUAUGGGCGUGACACCCGACACGUUUGAGAUUGUUCUUAUGGUUGAUGCUGAUACAAAGGUUGCGCCAGACUCUGUUGCUCGCAUGGUCGCUUGCAUGGCCAGUGAUCCUCUUGUUAUGGGUCUAUGUGGUGAAACACGCAUUGCCAACAAAUCUGAAUCAUGGGUUUCGCGAAUCCAAGUAUUUGAAUACUAUCUGUCGCAUCAUCUCAACAAAGCCUUUGAGUCCAUGUUUGGUGGUGUGACUUGUCUUCCCGGCUGUUUUUGCAUGUACCGUAUCAAGGCUCCCAAGGAUGGAUACUGGGUUCCAAUUCUUUGCAAUCCUGAUAUUGUACAAACAUACUCUGAAUCUGUGGUUGACACUCUUCAUAAAAAGAAUUUACUCUUGCUAGGUGAAGAUCGAUUUUUGACUACCCUUAUGCUGCGUGCUUUUCCUCGUCGUAAACUGUUGUUUGUUCCUCGUGCUUUUUGCAAAACCACAGUUCCCAAUACAUUUGCUGUUCUUUUAUCUCAGCGUCGUCGCUGGAUCAACUCGACGAUUCACAAUCUGCUUGAGCUUGUGUUGGUUUCCAACCUCUGCGGUAUUUUCUGUUUUUCGAUGCAGUUUGUCAUUUUUUUGGAACUGAUUGGCACCAUCACGCUACCUGCAGCCAUUCUGUUUACAUUGACGCUUAUCAUUGUGGCAAUUAUUGGACCUGUUGUUCCGGUGAUUCCAUUGAUUCUUCUUGCUGGCAUCUUGGGUCUUCCAGCCAUUCUAAUUCUCCUAACGACUCGCAGAGUAGUGUACAUAUAUUGGAUGUUUGUGUACUUGCUUGCACUUCCCAUCUGGAAUUUUGUGUUGCCUGUCUAUGCCUUUUGGCAUUUUGAUGAUUUCAGUUGGGGACAAACACGGCUGGUUGAAGGCGAGGGUAAAGGUGGGCAUGGCGGCUCUGACGGAAAGGCGUUUAGUGCGUCUGAUAUCCCUACUCGACGAUGGGUUGAAUGGGAGCGUGAUCGACGACAAGGACUUGUGCAGCGAUACUGGAUCACACAGUAA